GAAUGGCUUAAUGCGUUCGGAGGUUUCCUAUCAUUUCCGGUAUCAGUCUGAAGAAGGACGACGUUGACAAAUUGACAUGAAAGCCACAUUUUCGCGGGGGUCAUGUUUGUUAAAUAUGGCAUAAUGUAUUAGAAAUACUAUAGAUAGCAUAACGACGCUGUAUUGUAUCGCGAGUUACCCCUUGUCAUUUUUCACGCGCAAAAGCUAAAGCUAGCAUGCGGCGAGCAGCUGGAAUACAGUAAAGACACAGCCGAGCCGCACACACUUUUUAGUCCGAGCUAUCGAGUCAGUCAUGGCCACUCGGCGUCUGACAGAUGCCUUCUUGUUAAUGCGGAACAAUGCGAUCCAAAACCGGCAGAUAUUGGCUGAGCAAGUGAGUACAAACGACCCCCGUCUGAGUACACGUAGCAAUGCUGCGGAGCUUGAUGAGUUGGCUGACGAUCGGAUGGCGUUGGUGUCAGGAAUCAGUCUGGAUCCUGAAGCGGCCAUCGGCGUCACCAGGAAGUUGCCUCCCAAAUGGAUAGAGGGCAUCGAUGAGAUUCAGUAUCAAAUCUCACGGGUUCGUCAGAAGAUGAAGGACCUGGCUUUGCUUCACGACAAGCACAUGAAUCGACCCACACUGGAUGACAGUAGUGAAGAAGAGCAUGCCAUCGAAAUCACAACACAGGAGAUCACACAGAUGUUCCACCGAUGUCAGCGAGUCGUAACGGGCCUGCAGUCCCGCUGCGGCCACUGCACCGAGCAGGAGCAGAGACUACUGAGAAACGUGGUCUCGUCCCUAGCGCAGAGUCUGCAGGAGCUGUCCAUUAAUUUCAGGCACACACAGUCCAGCUACUUAAAACGUAUGAAGAAUCGUGAGGAGCGAUCAAAGCACUUUUUUGACUCAGGACCGUUAAUGGAAGAGGAUGAAGAGCUAGCUGUGUAUGACAAGGGCUUUACAGAUGACCAGUUAAUGCUGGUGGAACAGAACACAGUCAUGGUGGAAGAGCGAGAGCGGGAGAUCAGACAAAUAGUUCAAUCCAUCUCGGAUCUGAAUGAGAUUUUCCGGGAUUUGGCCGGCAUGGUGGUGGAGCAGGGCACCGUUCUUGACAGAAUCGACUUCAAUGUGGAGCAAGCGUGUGUCAAAACAGACGAUGGCUUGAAACAGUUACAAAAGGCAGAGCAGUACCAGAAGAAAAACAGGAAGAUGCUGGUCAUUUUGAUCCUCUUUGUCAUAGUCAUCAUUCUAAUUAUUAUUCUUUUUUCAACCAAGUUUUAAUCUUGCAUUCCUUUUGCUCCUCUGUGAGUGUUUGUUGUGGACCUCUGCUCAAAACCAAGUUGACAGCCUUUCACACCAAGCAGCAAUGAUGAAAAUCCACGUCUGUUUUCUGGUGUGCUUUGGGCUGUACCAAGAUGUUUUUUUUUUUUUUUAUAUAUAAAUCAAAGACACAUUCAACAGUAUGAUUGAGCUGAGGCAGAUUUAUGUGACUCACACCUAAUUGUCUAGGCCUAUACUUGACCGUGUUGGCAUAUCUAUCCUGCUCAAGAGAAAACGGCAUACAUAACUGGACAAGCAUGUGUAUUGUUGAAAUAGUGCUCUCUCCUUAUUUUCAAUGUGCAAAUGGGGUGAAAAUACUUAGAAAAGCAGUGUUUUAUUGUUAAAGGCUGUGAGAGCAGCACCAAGCAUUACAACAGCCAUUCACUACAAAAAUAUUUCUACAGUGUAAGGACAGCAUUUUGAUCAUUUAAACCUUUUCGGUUCUGAUUUCAUGAUACUACUGAAGCGGUUGAAGUACUGCUGCUUGCCUGAGGGGGUUAGGCAGCUGGCUCCCUGAUUCAUCCCAUCAUUUUAAAAUCACCUAUUUGUCAUCCAAAUGUUUUUUGUUUGUUAUUUUAAAUGUCUUUCUUUUGUUUGUUUCAUGGUCCUUGCAUUAAGUGCUACCUUUUUUUUAACUGCAGUUUGCACAUACUUGAGGCCUGAGCAAGACGGUGUUAUGGAUGUGAUACUACUGUCAUCUGUAUGAUAAGAAGAAUUAUUUAUUUUAAAAAAAAACUACAAAUGAUCGAGGAGCAGAAUUACUGUGGGUUAAGUAUAACCAGUAUCUUAAAUCUUUACUAUUCAUUGUCAUCACUCAAUUAAGAAAACUGUGAUCCAUCCCAGACAACCAGCUACAUAGAGACAGCAUUGUUUUAUUCUGGUGUUAUUUUGUUCUUGCUCUGUUGCUCUAUAAAGACUGAUAUGAUGAAAAGAUGAAGAGCUUUAUUUAACAAAUCUGUACCCCACUGUCAGAGCUACAUGGCUCAGUGUGGCCGCUGUCACAAGUGUCCUUGGGCAACGCACACUGCCCCGUUGCUGCUCAUGUUGUGUCUUCUGCGGUGUGAAUGAGCUGCUUGGUGACCAUCCACCAUCAUCGGUAGCCCCCUUUAGAGUCUAUUGUACAAAUUGCACCACACGGAAUGGCUUGUGGGGGUCAAAGUUGACACUUGAAUUUCUUUCCUGCCUUCAGGGGUAGCAUCGAAGCCACAAUUCCAGGAACGGGCUAUUAAGUUCAAUACCUGACACCUCUCCGACUCUUGUGUUCAAAGCAGUUGUCACUGUCUGGCAAGUGUUCUACACGUCAAACCAAGUACCGUCCUUGUGCUUGUCACGAAUGCCAGGGCUUCCGUUAGGGCCCUGACUUGGAAUCGCUGAGAAAAUGGGAUGUGAGUGAAUAACAAACUUUGCAUGUGAAGUAUUUUUGAGUGCAGCACGUCUUUUAUACACGUUAAAUCAUUUCUGUCAUUGAUGUGAAGCUGUGUGUGAAAUCUGUCCCAUUGGUACUCGUGCAGAGAUUUAUUUUAUUUUUUUUAAUAAACCUGCAACAUGA